UCCAUUACUAAAAAUUCCACAUGUAAAAGACCCAUUUUUUUGGAUCCAAUAAUUCAAUCCUAAAAAUGCUUCACCAGGAAAUGGAUAUCGAUGACUGGGUUUUCUUGCCCGACGAUAGAUUCUUGAAAAUCAAUCAAGAUUCCGAGAAGAAGCAAGUCCAUGGAGGGAACCGAGUGUCCGAUCUCGUUCUACUCACCGAUUAUUUCGACAAAAGCCAUCCUCCACCGAAACAAGUUGUCCCGCUGCCAUUUCAACUGGAACCCAGAAUCCUUAAUGAUCCGAAAAGGGUACCCAUCGAUUUCAGUUCCACGCCGUCGAUGAUCCUGGAGAAGAUCAAAGAAGCCGGAAUCGAAUCGGUUGAAGGCGAUCGGGAAGUGAAGACACAAGUUUCUUUCAGGAAACCGAGUUACAACAAUGAAUCCGUCGACAUGACCAACAAAAUGGACUCAACCAGGUCCACUACUAAAGGAUCCAUCCCUCAACUCGACGCAGCAGGUACGUUUGAUUUCGAUGACGACGACGACGGUGAGUUUUUGCAGAACACGCGGUCUCCAAAAUUCAAGGACUCGAUCGAAAACAACGAAGCCGACUGGGAAGAAAACUCCGGUGGGAUCUGGAAAUGGAGCUUGACCGGCAUCGGAGCUAUUUGUUCAUUCGGUGUUGCUGCUGCUACCUUUUGUAUCAUCAUAUUCGGAGCUCAACAGAGGCUGAAACAACACCAACUGAACCAGAAACUGCUGUUUCAGCAUUACACCGAUGAAAAGAGGAUGAAACAGGUGGUUCAUCAAUCAACAAAACUCAAUGAAGCAAUCUCUGCAGUUAGAGGAGUUCCAAUCACCAGGGCUCACAUAACGUUUGGUGGUUACUAUGAUGGAAUUUAAAAGCCAAGUCUCCUGGGGCUUCAUCAGUGUCUGGUUUUGUACAUAAAACAAGGGUAUAUUAUUUGGAUUAUGAAUCCUGAAAGCUCUAUAUUUUGUUGUGUUUAGUUUAGCCACUUGAUUGCAUCUUCAUCUGAUCAUAAUGCAAGUAUAGUUUUUUAUACUGUGGGAGUUGAUGUUAGUGAAAUGUCUGCAAAUUCUGCACUUACUAAACUAUAUAUGAUCUCA